ACCACCACUAUCUUGCAAGGAAGGCACACGCUUUUCUCGCGCAGUAUGGCUCGCUCGAUUCCAGUCGUGAUCCGUUCGACCACGUUAAUUCGUAGAGGUUUUCUUUCGUUUACGAACCAAAUCGUGCGCAAAUAAUCCAGAAUUCAUCAUGGAUGACGAAUGGGAUGUCGAAAACGCAGAGGCGAAAUUCGACCUGGCUAUCAGAUCCAACAAGUGGGAGGGUGAAGAUGAAGAUGAAGACGUCAAGGAUAGCUGGGAAGAUGUCGAAGAAGAGAAGAAAGAUGUAGAAAAACCCGCUGAGGUGCCUAAGGCUAAGCCAAAGCCAAGGAAAGCUUUGGCAGAAAGAAUUGAAGAACGUGAGAAAAAAGCGAGAGCAGAAGCAGAAAGAAAAGCUAAAGAAAAGGAAGAGGCAUUGACACCAGAGGAGAGGAGAGCAGAACAAUUGAGACGUCAGAGGCUUCAAGAGGAAGCCGAUCUACGUCUUGCUAUGGAGACUUUUGGUGUCACAGAAGAGUCUGUGUUGAGCCUGGACACUACAGUGCCUAACACAAAAGAAGAAUUUGAACAGUAUGGAAGUGUACUUACACAGAAGUUAAACCAACUUGCUAAAAGUGCUGAAUUUCCUCCAUUUGCAGAAGAACUUAUUAAAUGCGUUGCUCUUAAUUUACCCUCGAUGCAUUUGAAGAAAGUAAAAACAAUGAUUGAUAAUUUGUUAAUUGAAAAACAGAAGAUUGAGAAAGGCGAGAAGGCGAAAAAGAACAAAGGCAAGGGAAAGGCAAAACUGAAAAUUGAGGGGGACAAUACUCUUUUGAGCGAAUAUGGCGACUAUGUUUACGAUGAAUAUGAUGAUUUCAUGUAGCGACCUUUUCAUCCCAUAUUCUUAUUUCCUAUUUCCUUUUCUAGUCGCCUAAAUACAUGCAGAUGGUUAUUAACAUU